CCAAAGGUUAGUUUCUUAUGUGUCGUGGGACGUGGAGGGUCUACGCGCCGCGCACUCUGCUCAGUGUAACCAUGCAGUGAUAUACGGAGUGUGCGCCACCGUCAAAGGAGAGUGUGUAUAGUUGCGAAAAUGGGUCCUUAUGGACUUGAUAGUGUCAAGCCGAUGGGCAAUCGCAGCCGAUUCAAAAUGUGAGGCAAAACAAAGUGGGGCCCACCUCAGGUCUUCCUUGAGUCGCCGAAAGCUUUUUUUUUUUUUUAUUCGGCAAACUUUGCGAAAAGAAAGUGUGCUGCUUGCCUGUCGCGUUGUCGUCAAUGUAUUAUCAUUAAUUUAUUAUUACGUGCUAUACGUUAAGUUAUUUUGUGCGCUCCCGUUCGGGGGAGUGUCCACAAACAAGGAGUUUACGAUGAGUGUCAGGUCGUGUAGUUAUUGGACUAUAGUGGUGGUGGUUUGUGUGGAGGUGCUCUGUCUGUGUCGACUGGCCACAUCGACGAAAAUGCACUACAUUCACUGGAAUACGUCGAAUCCAAUAUUCCGAAUUGAUAACACAGACCACAUCAUUGAUGUCAACAAAGGGAAUAUACCAUUCGAAUAUGACCAAGUUAACAUCAUCUGUCCUGUGUAUAAUGAAGAGGAGACAAGUGAGGAUGAGGCUGAGAAAUACAUUAUAUAUAAUGUAAGCAAGGAAGAGUACGAUACGUGUCGCAUAACUAACGUCAAUCCACGAGUGAUUGCGGUUUGCGACAAACCAUACAAGCUCAUGUACUUCACAAUCACUUUUCGUUCCUUCACUCCCCAACCUGGAGGACUUGAAUUCCGUCCUGGACAGGACUAUUAUUUCAUUUCCACAUCCAGCAAAGAUGACCUUCACCGGCGAAUUGGAGGUCGAUGUUCCUCUCACCACAUGAAGGUCGUCUUCAAGGUAUGCUGUGACCCUGCCUCACAGCCAGCACAUGACCAAGCCAACAACCACAUCCCCAACAAUGGCCUGCCCACCCCUAGAGGCACCACCACUACUACCACCUCAACCACCAAGUCAACUACCACCACUACUACCCCUAAGACCACAACCACUACCACUUCCACAACCUCCCAAAGCACCACAUCCUUAAAGACUACCUCUCACAAGAGUGCUGACCCCCAUCAUAACAUGAAGACCACAACCAAGAAAACAGACACAAACCAACCAGACCGAAGUGAAAAUGAAGUGGUGAAGAAUCAGUUGACAUUGAACUCAUCUCCACCAUUGAGCAGCUCGCCUGUCUUCACAGCAUUCCUUACGACGUUUCUUUCUAUGGUGGCUACGUGGCUCCUUAACAAACAUUCCUAAGAUCAACACUGUUUUUUAUAAUUGUUUGCAGUGUUAUAUUUAAAAUGGUUUGAAAAUUCAUAAUGUAGAAAUGAGAAAUUAUGAGUUGACACUUUUCUGGAAAUCAGAAAAUGCUUUCAAGAUUCUGAGCAUAUACGUAUAUAUAGAUAUAUAUAUAUAUAUAAAUAUAUUCUUAAACACUGAGAGAGCUGUAAAGUUUGCAGAUUGAUGACAAUGCUCCUUGCACCUGAUAUGUGAUUGAUGGUAUUUAGGAGUCAUCAUUUGGAGCUUUCUUACAAGUGAAGUCACAGACAUUGAAGCUAGUGAAUGUUUAGCACAGUGGACAUAAAUGAGGUGUUUAUAUUGUAAAAGUAACCUUAUUAUGUUUAAUAUGUGGUGCGCAUAACUUACAGAACAAGCAUAGAACACAUUUUGUUUUUAUCCAUCACAUGUACAUUUUAAGGUUUUCAAGCCAAGAGCGCUCUAUGUUGUCAGUUUUAGUUGAGAAUAGUGGUUUGUAUGUCAUAAUGGUUAAAUUUUGGAAAUGGGUUUUCCAAAGUCAUUGAUUCAGUAAAGAGAGAAAGAAGAAUUGUAAUAAAUGUGUGAGGCCGUGAGAUGUUGAAUUUAAGGCUACAGAUUUUUGAAAAAGUAUGUCUGCCAAUAUAUAGCUAUCACUUCUUAAGAUAGGUGUAUCCCAGGAGGUCAUUUCAGUUUACCAUAUUCCUUAUUUUCAUUCAUAUUAAAUCAUGCUCAUCACACUCAUCAUGUAUUCAUCACUUACUCUAGUGUUUGUACAUAUGUUCGUUAUUUAAUUUGUGUAUUUUAUAUUAUGACCCGUUCCUUCCCACUUUUUCCCCUUGUAGUAAUCACAUUUUGUCACCUGCUUUUAAGGUGAUAAACAUAGUCUUAUUUGUGCCAAUGCAGGUCUGAUGAACUUGCAAAAUAAUAUACCCUGCUUGUAAAAUGAAGCUCUGGGAUCUUCUGUAAUUUUAUCGAUAUUCUUGGUCAUUGCUCUCACAGUAAUUCGAGCCUGUUGAAGGGUGAUAAAAGAUUGAUUGAGUUGGAAUGCUUUUCUGUUCUGUGUCAAUUAUAUUCUUCCAUAAUAUGCAUUAUUGUAUACUGUAAAUAUAAUAACUGCUUACAUUAUACAAUGAUUACAUUUGAUUUUUAAAGAGCUUGUGUUCCUUCAGAUGGUCUGCAUUUUGGAGAAUACUUGUAAUCUUGUAUAAUCAGUAUAUUUUCAGUUGUGUUGGUAGUACUGUACAGUUAAUGUAGGUCAGCUUUAUUUCAUCAUUGAAUUUUAGGUUUUGAGUCAUUUUUGGUAAAAUUAUUAGAAGAGCAUAAUCUCCGAGUAGGUACAGUUAAUCAAUGAAGUUGGAUUAGUUAAGCCAUUGACACACAUUUAUCAUGAAAUUAUUGCUAAUGACUCUCCUGGGUCACGAAUCUCAUACUUGUUUUAUGAAAGAUUGAGUGACUCCAUUUUGGUCGUCAUAUCAUUUUAUGUAUAAUAAUGGAGCUGCUGUGGAUGUAUGAUUAUUAGUGUGAAAGUGAUGUGAGUGAUUGUGGUGAUGGUGCAUAAAAACUAUGUUACAACACUGGCAUUAAAUAUUUAACUCUUGAAAAUGAAAUUUGUUAGUGAUAAAUGUAUCUUGGGAAGUUACAUUUUUAUAAAAUGCCCAAGCAUAUAUUUGUACCAUUCUUUUAUAAUGAGCAUUAGUUUAUAGCACCAGCACCUUUUUACUGGGGAAAAAUAAUACCACUGUAUGUGAUAGCCUUUGGCCAUGGAUGUUUAUCCUUUUAAAAGGCCAUGGAUAUAUUGUCCUUUUAUGUUUAAACAUGAUCAUUUCUUGUCACAUAAAGAUUUUUUUUGUAUAUAGUGAGAUGAUGGAUUAAUAUCAAUUAUGAUAAUUCACGACAAGUUAAACACAGUAACUUAGAUUGAAGGAGACCCUAUGUCCUGAUGAGAAGCUAUGUGACAAUCUGAACAUGUUUGUGGGAAUGAAUGGCAUUUGUUGUCCUGGAUGAGUGAUUUAUGAAGAAAUUAUAAUCAGAUAGCUCUCUCAUUCUUGUGACAGGGGAUUCCCCUUAUACAAACAUUUGUCUGUACCAGUUAAAACAAAAAAAAAAAGUGAAGGUGUAGAGGGUAUGGCUGCAAGUGGGAACUCAGGUGGAUCACUUCAUUUAGAAGUCAAUUUGGGUACCAUCAGGGAAAACAACAUAGUGUUUUGCUUUAAAACUCCUGUGUUGUUGUUGUUGAACUAUCUUCAUAAGGAUCUUACUGUGCCAGAGGAAAUAGUUUUGUGUGUCAGGGUUAUUUGUGGUUUCUUCAUCUUCUAAGAACUUGUCAUCUUAUUCUCAAACUAACUUUUGGAGCACAAUUUUUCUUGAAAACUUUUAUUUGAUGGGAAAUAGGACAUAACGUAUUUUUACCUUUUUUGUUGCUACAUAUAUACGUAAAAAAGGGCAGCCUAGCCCAAAACCGUAUCAUUCAGCAUUUAAGUAAUGAUAACCUGACUAUACAAUAGCAAUAUCAGCAAUAUGACAAUUAAUAGGUGUUUCACAGUUUUUCGACUAUGUUGAAGUAGUGCACAAAAAUUUAAUUAAAUAGUGACACUUGCCAUAUGAUAUACUUUGGUGUUUUCCAAGUGCCUUUUGUAAAGAGAAGUUGUUAGACAAAUUGAAAACUAACAUUGAAAAGUUAAAAAGCUAUUUUGCUAGGACUUGGAGGCUAGCUGGGAUUUCAUGAAAAAAUGGAGACAUUACAGUUCAUUUUGCAAGGUACAAAACAGGAUGUUCAGAUAGCAUGCAUUUUAGUUGAACUUACAGUAUAUACCUAUAUAUUUGGUAGCUAUAAUGGUUCACAUUAAAUCUGUGACAAAUAUAGGAUAUAGAGUGCAAAAGAAUUUCCAUUGAUGUUGACUAGUUUUGUGUGUUUGUAGGGGUAAACCAACUAUGGAUAUAACCUUGUAAUGCUUUAUUUUGUCAAUUGACAAGGAAUUUUGGAAUCCAUGCUGAUGUGAGGAAUCGUGGGGCUUGGUUUAUAACAUCUAGCCAUGCAGUGGAAUAUAAGUUUUAUUGUACUUUAUAUAUUGUAUACAGAAGAUAUAGCAUUAUUUAAAACUUUAAUAUUAACCCAUUGCUGUAAAGCAUACUUCACAUUACACCUUGAUUGUACCAUAUCAGUGGCCCAAGUUAGUUUUGUAUAUAUAGUGUCAUAACAAUCUGUAAUAGCAGCAAUAGUGGUUGUAUGUAGUUAAUUUUCACAUAGUGCUUUUUUAUCCAGUUAGAAGCAAUUUCUUGGAUUAAACUCCAAAUUUUGGAGUUAUAUUCAGUAACCGGUUUUCAAUUUAAUUUCUAUGAAAUUUGAUUUUGCUCUUGUACUUAUAAAUGAAGGUAUUCUUACACUGCCAUAUGUAAUGUACAUUUUUUUCAUUUUGUGGCUAACAUGGUAAGUGUUAUGUUUGUUUCCUCUUUGUUAGUAUUCCAUUAUAUACUAUGACCCAUUUGUAUUCCAUUUAUACUGUGACCCAAAACUUUGGCAACUCAUGUUACACAGAAAAUGAAAAUGCAUUGGUUAAAUAUUUGCACAUGAAUUAAAUGCUUAUUUGAACAAAAUUCACAAACUUGCUCUCAGAAUUAUGCUAAAACUUUUCUCCCACAAGACACAAAAGAAUUUCUUACAUAAUUAGGGACACUUUGGGAUCCUAGGAUAAAAUAUGACUUGGCAGUGCAUUGGUAUACAUAAAUCAUUGAGGGGGUAUCAUACAAAUCUCUCUUUCUUUUGUUCCUACAAGGAUACAAACCCUAGUCUUUAAAUGGAUAUAACAUCUUGUGCAGCCAGGGUGGUCUUCCUUUUGUAGGAAUUGUGGGUAACUGCAUGUGUGCAUAGUCAUAGAGUUGGUUUCUCAUCGACUAGCGCUGCAUGUAGAUGUAAUAUUACAGCAUUUACUGUGCUGGUGCUUUCAUGCUGGAAUGGCUUGUGUAUGGGAUCUCCUGCUUGUUUUAUUUGAGUCUUCCAUUAGAGCCAGACUUUGUCCUUGGCAUAUGUUUUACUCCAGAAAGAGGCUGCCGUCUUCCACUACCAGAGUGGGGGUUGCCAUUGAUCAACAUGUUGCCAAUGAAGGCAGAACUAUGGGUUGUCCAGGUCCCCAGAAUGGGUUCAGGCCUUUUUAAGGCUCAAACCACCAUCAGGGGGACAUCCCUUUGAACAGUUUGCUUGGCUGUUAUCAAACUCUAUCACAGUACCUUGAAUUGAUACAUCCCUUCUGAGGAGAUGAAGCAAAGGCAUUUUAGUGUCUGGAUGAAGGGGCAACUGGAAACUGUCCUUACUUGAUGGUAUGUCUUUACCAUCAUGAAGGCUUCCUCUUUUAUGGAAGCAAACUUGGAACAUCAGAAAUAAUACUAGCUUGAGGCUGGCAAUUCAUCUGGGACAUGCAUUGUGGUUAGUGGUGUCGAAAUAUUAAACUUUACAGUAACAUUAUCAAUGCAGAUGGUUUUUUUCAAUACUGGUGUUGAUUUUGGUAUAAUAAGAAAUAUAUGCAUUUAUUCAGAUUCAAAAGUAAAAAUAAAGAAAGUAGAGAUAUAUUUUAUUGCUUAAGAUUUAGUCCUAUCUUUCCUCUCCUCUAUAUAUGUAUUUAAGCUUCAAUGACAAGUAAUAACUGAAGAAAAUCAAUAACUUUUUCUAUUCAGUAAAAUAUAUCCAUGAUGAAAAUUAACCAUUCUCAAACAAAAGCAAUUCAAACUAGUUCAAAAAAUAUAUAUUUUUUAAUCUGUAAUGAAAAAAAAUUUAUUAGGAAAGAAUACAUACCUCCUUAAUACAAGAAAAACUAACCUUUUAAUGAGAGACUAUUGAGAAUUUUAGAAAAAUUUUAUCUCAAUUUCUUGAGAUACAACUCCGCUGCUGAGAACACCCUUUCAGAUAUUUCACUUGCAGGCUUGACAAAUUAAUUCAUUAUAGAGCUUUUCUCGGUUUUUUCGACAAUACCUAAAUUCCAUGUUCACAUCUCAAUGUGCUGAAAGUUUCUUUCUCGUUGGAACUGUCUCUUAACACUUCCAUUUCUUUCAUAUAUUCUGCAAGCAAUUUGUCAUAAUUUGCCCCUUUCUCAGCUUCUAUUCCCACUGCAUCUUUAGAGCAGCCAGGUUCUUGUUGGCGUACACUUUCUUUUUUGUGCUGAUCUAACUAAACACUUUUGGAGAAAAGCCUUUUCUAAAGUAUCUACAGUACUUGAGUAAAACUUGAGAAGGCAAAAAAAAAAAAAAAAGCUCAUCAUCCCAAGUUUCAAAGUUCAAGGUUCAUGAAGAUAUUAAGCAAGCCUAUAAUACCUGGCUCUCUUCAUAGGGAAUAGUAUUUAAUCAUGCUUUCUUUUAAAGACUUUCCUAGUAGGGUAUUAUUCUCUGAACUUGAACGAGACUCCAGCAGUCAACUGUUGCGUCUCUUUAACACAGGCCUUCAGUAAUGGUACUGAUGUUUCAUUUGAUACUGAUUCUCAGCCUUAGUCAGUGCUUGAAUGUGGGAUACCAUUCACCACAAUCCCGACAAUCCAGAUCCCUUGGACUCGGGAAGUAAAAGGGGAUCUUAUCUGGUAGCUGGGCAAUGGGUACUUGUCUGAGUAGGAGUGUCCCCUAAAUAUCUCUCCCUUAGAGAUGCUGCUGCAAUUUGACAAUCAAAAGAUGGGAUGGAGUGCACACCUUAAUGAAUCCACCAUUUCAUGUGUGGAAUGGAAGGAUGUUUGCUUGCACAUCAACUUCCUUUAUAUUAGAGCAGCCCUACUAGGAUGCAAACCUUCUAAGAGGAGUUGAAGGAACACUUGUUGGUGCUCCUUGACAGGCAAUAUGACUGUAGUGUCACACAUACAACAAGUAGGGAGAAUGAUGUCUCAUGAAGUGUGAAGCUGUUGACAAGGUACUUCAUGGGCCUGUCAAAACGUGAUAGCCAACCAAUUCUGCCAUCAAAGUCAUGCAGCCCCUUAGACAUAAGAGAAAACUGCCACGGUUCUGUUUGCCAGUACUGAAUUCGUGGUACAUGAACCUGCUGUCACUGCUGGUAGUAAGACAGGAAGGUCACCAGCAAGGGUCACUUUGCUUCACCAACACCACCCAUGCUAUUAGUACCUACAAUCCGUACAUGGGCUUGCAAUACAUGAUCAUAAUAAUUAUCACUGGUGUUCCCUACAGGUGGGCCAUGUCCUAAUGGUUUUCUGCAGCGCAGCUCUGCCAUAAUCCAGUCAAGGGGUCCGUCAGCCCUGAAAUUGGAAAAUAAACUGUCAUAAGUUUUCGUGAUGGAGAUGAGGGUUGCAUCAUCAUGAACAAAUGGUAAACUUUGAUCAUUUGAAACUUUUUAUAGAUACAUAAACCUAAAUAUAAAGAUGAGAAUUACAUCCUCAUAUGAACAAAUGGUAAAUUUUGAUAAUUUGAAACUUUUCAUAGAUACACAAACCCCACACUGCCCUACUCCUGAAGAGAAACCACACACUGCCCUACUCCUGAAGAGAAACCACACACACUGCCCUACUCCUGAAAAGAAACCACACACACUGCCCUACUCCUAAAGAGAAACGAACACAGACUACUCUGUGCAAGGGUAGCUUCAACUGGCUUUUGCUGCACAAGUAUAUCCAUUUAUACACAUGGGUUUAUCUAGGGGAAAUUAUUUUUUCAUUAUGAUAUAAGAAAAGGAUUUUUUAAAAACAAAGUGAACCUAUCUGCCUUUAGUUUUAUUGAAUGUAUUGGUGGAAAUUGAAAUGUUUGCAUCUACUGUAUAUGAAAAUUUUUAUUUUGAACCCUUGAGGUUGAGGAUUUUUAGAAAAAUUUCACAUGGAGGAUUCAACAUUUAACUACAGGCUCUGAAGUAUAUAGAAAAGAGCAAAUUGUUCUCCAGAACAUUACAUUUUAUUUAGUGUUGCAAUUCUUCAGUCAUUAACUGAAGUAUCAAGAGAAUCAUUACUAUUUUAUAAUACAUAUUACGAUGUACUAUUGUUUUGUCCAUAUUAAAUUACCUACCCAAUCUGUAUAUUUUACUGUUUACACAGAGUUGCUUGGUUACCGGCAGUUUACUUAUAAAUUUUUUGCUUAAUGGAUUUUGAAGAGUUAUGUUUGAAUAAUCUGCUUUUUUACUUAUGUCCAUCAUCUAUAAAUAUUGUGAUAGUUUUGUAUGUCUUUGUUGUUACAGUGCAAGUUUAGGUGGUGAUUUUCUUACUCUUUAACCAGUUAAGAUUAUGAUGGCUUCCACUUGGUUCCCAUUUAAGGUUAAAUUUGUUUUUGUAUUUGCAUACCCAUCCCCUCUGAGACCAUAGAAAAUACAGAUAAAGCUUACAACUUUUCUGAUAGUGUCCUUCAUUUAAUUUGUAGCAGUAAUCCAUCAUAUAUAUUUUUUUUAUACAACUUUUUUCCAACUUAGAGGAAACACAAGCCCUGUUUGAAGGACUUGAAAGUGCUGAUUGUGUUAUAAAGUACAGUAUACCGGACAAUAGACUAGCCCCCUUGUCUUGUAACAUACCCUUCAUGUAUACCACAAUAAGCCAAGGGAUAUUCCUGGUAGAUGUGUGUUGUAUAAUAAGAGUUUGGUAGCAGUUGUGAAAAAUGAAAUACUGUAUUUGGGUAAAGUACAGGAAUGUCUUUGGGCUUCACACUGCUGGUGUAAACGUACUUUACCUCCUGAAGAUAUAAUACCAUAAUUGUAAGAAUCCAGACCUUUUAUAUACCAGUAUAUCCAUACCCUUAACAGACCCAGCAGGUCCAUACUCAUCAUCACAUGCCUAUCCCAUUUUGUGUAUGCAAUAGUUUCAAAGAUUAAAAGCAAAAAUUAUAGUAUAACAGCAAAAGGUAACAAAUAAGGAGGUUACUUUACUGUUUGGGAAAGAAUGAGGUGGAGGAGGAGACAGAGGAACAUUAUUAUCUGUAAAUGUGUAUUUAUAAUUUAUCAUCCUCACUGAUUCCACUUUGCCAAAAGGAGAUAAUUUUAUAAUUGACUUUUGUACAUAAUAAAGUUACUGUAAUCAGA